AGAUUUGUAGCGUGGUGAGAUUUGGACACAGCUCACAACACACAGCGAUCUCCAGCUAAAGUUUCAUCUCAAGCCGCCAUCAUUCCGUGCUGCAAGGCGGACCGCAAAAUGUCCUCUGAUGGAGACCUCAGUACCCUUGAAAGCUGCGAUAGUUUCUGGGAGCCAGGAAACUACAAGAGAACGGUGAAGCGGGUAGACGAUGGCCACCGACUAUGUAAUGAGUUGGUCAGCUGUUUCCAGGAACGUGCUAAGAUCGAGAAAAGCUAUGCUGUGCAGCUGAGUGACUGGGCCAAGAGGUGGAGAAGUGUGGUCGAGAAAGCUUCAAUCAGCCAUCUUCUUUUCACACCCACCCGUCCUUCCUUCCAGCUGCCCGGCCUGCUGCUCCAGCACUUCUCCUGCAGGUAAAGCAGCCACGGCCGCCGCCCGUGACGCCACGCUGGGUACAUGUGGCGCACGCAUCUCAUUUGCCUAAAUUAGCAUGCAUUACGCGCUCGCAUUUGCUGUUAAAUUGCGUGAGGUGUGAGACAUGGAUGCUGCGGCAGACAUGAUGGCGGGGAAAUAGUGUUUUUUUUUUAAAAUUAAAGCCAAUACCACACUGCCUUGAAUUGAAAACAAACAUUGCCUGCCCACACACUGUGUGUGUGUGUGUCUUCUUGUAUUUCCACCCUUCUUGAGACAUCAACAAGGAAAAGUACCUUCCAUAUGAGGACCGGUGAGCAAGUUAGGACAUAAAUCAUGGUCCCAAUAUGGAAAACCAUCGCAUCUAAUAGAGAAUGUCUCACUUGCACCCCUGGUGGUGAAAUCUAGCAAAAUGAAGGUGUUCCCAAAAAGGAGGGAUUUUUCAAAUUGACUGUGUGUCGGUUUAAAAAGUGCUCCCCCUCUGGUCAACAUAUGAAAUAACAAGUGUGCGUAAGAAAGUGAAAUGUGCCCCCUUUGGCCAAAAUGAAUAAAAAGCAGCUGAGAUAGGCUCCAGCACCCCCCCUCGACCCCGAACGGGACAAGCGGUAGAAAAUGGAUGGAUGGAAUAUGUAUAUAGAGACAUACUGUAAUAAC